CCUGUUUAAUUUCACCUUUUUUUUGUCCUCUUUCGCGUUUUUAGCCGCAAUCUGUCGGAGCUGUGAAACAGUCUGCUGAAACACUCUAGUAGAGGUCAGUCUCCCCGGUAGCCUGGCUCCGGUUCAGUCGUCAGCUCAUUGUUCAUGUCUUACGUCUCCACGGAGAGUGCAACAAUGGCCGACAAAGCCGCAUUCCAAGUCAUUGUCUUGGGACCAACGGGAGGGCCCCGUGAAGACAGCGUCACCGGCAUUCUGGUCCGAUCGACCUCCACAAAAUGGUCGCCAGACUCUGUGGUAGCCGUGGAUGCGGGUACCCUUCUUGCGGGAAUCAUCCGAUUGCUGGAGCGAUACAUCCCCGAAUGCAAGGAUGAUCAGGGAUUGAUGACAAAUGGGCCCUUUCAGGGGCUUGAGCUGCCCUACCAAACUGCACAGGCCAAUGCAGCUCAUAUCUUUCGGGAAAUCAUUGGCGCUGUCCUCAUUACUCAUCCUCAUCUGGAUCAUAUCUCAGGAUUGGCCAUCAACACUCCGAUCUUGGAGGCGGGGGCUGGCCCAAAGCCGGUGGCUGCGUUGCCAUCAGUGUUAUCCGCCAUCAAGAACCACAUGUUCAACGAUAUCAUCUGGCCGAACUUGUCGGAUGAGGAUGGCGGCGCCGGUCUACUCACAUACCAACGUUUGGUAGAAGGUGGAAACCCUCGCUUCGGUCGUGGCGAAAGCAGGGGCUAUGUAAGAGCCUGUAAUGGCUUGUUGACGAAAUGCCUCAGUAUCAGCCAUGGGAAGUGUAAACAACGGUAUCAUCCCGAAAGUGGUGUGCAUCAUCGCGCUGGGAGUACUGUCUUUGCAGAACAUCAGUUGAUGAUUCCUUCAAGGGCCAUUUCGGUCGACCAGACCGAUGGCAGUUUCUAUUCCCCCGCUCGCUCACCUCGUAUUUUCCCCUCUAACCCCAAAGAAACACCUGUGGCGACAGUUGAGAGCUCGGCAUUCUUCCUGCGCGAUCAUCAUACCGGCUACGAGAUCAUUGUGUUCGGUGAUGUCGAACCCGACUCCGUGUCUCUCGAGUCUCUCAACAAACUAGUAUGGGAGGCGGCAGCACCAAAGAUUGCUACAGGUAAAUUACGAGCCAUUUUCAUCGAGUGUUCAUACAACGACAGCGUCGACGACGCAUACCUGUAUGGCCACAUGUGUCCGCGACAUUUGGUCGCCGAACUCAGCGUGCUAGCCGCCAAAGUUGCGGAAGUGCGCGAAACGAACACACCGGACAAAAAGCGCAAACGCGAGGCCCCAGCCAUUCCUGAAGCUCGCAGUGAACAAGUGAGCCCUCGAUCGAAACGAACCCGGAGUUAUGCCGACGAGAAAACGCCGUCUGUUCCCCCUGUCGAACCUCGCUCACACCCGAGCGAGUCGUUUGAGCUGCCUCACGUACCCGCAGCUGCUCCUCCGGGCUUCGGCGAUGGUGGUGAUCAUGCAGAUGUGGUGGGCUUGGAACCCAAAGGCUGGGAUGAUACCGAGCCUCUUCCGCUGGAAGGAUUGAAGGUUUACAUCAUUCAUAUCAAAGAACACCUCACUGAUGGGCCGCCUCCCGGUGAACAGAUUCUAAGUGAGCUGAAAGCUCGUGGUACGGCGGCGCAUCUGGGAUGUGAGUUCUUUAUUCCUAAUCCCCUGGAAGGGAUAUGGAUAUAAAAGACACCGGUCAGGUAAUUAGAAAGGCGUUCGGAUUUAUUUUUCCAUUUCUAAGCGUUGGAUUAAUUAUGUCUGUGUACAAUAGCUAAACUUCAAUUAUCGAUGAUCAACUGCAUCUUCAUUCACGGCGAAUGUCUUCACUAGCCCUGUACCGUUGGGGGUCCGUUUGGAUGUGUUGGACGAUGGAAUAUCUUGUUCUUGUCGAACGACAAAGUAGCUCAUUUCCUAGUGUUUCCAAAAGAACGAGACGCGAAGAGGAAAGACAGCAUUUACAGAAAAGAAGGAAUCCCCUCGUUCUAAGGGCAAGACCCCAU